CUCCCCAUGAUAGAUCAGGAAUGUGUCGGGACAUGGCAGAGCCCUCCUGGCCUGUAUACCACACUGAGGACGCAGCGCAGCAGGGCAGGAGGAGGACAUGCUGUUCACCAAGUAUUUUUAACAUGGUUAACUGAAGCAGAAUUAUCAGCCUAACUGUGACAGCAGCCAUGGAUUUAUUCAAGCAACAGAAAGUUGAAGAUUUCUAUGAAAUUGGUGAAGAGUUGGGAAGUGGGCAGUUUGCCAUCGUAAAGCAAUGCAGAGAGAAAAGUACGGGACUGGAAUUCGCUGCCAAGUUCAUCAAGAAGCGGCAGAGCAUGGCCAGCUCCCGAGGAGUGCGGCGGGAGGACAUCGAGCGGGAGGUGGACAUCCUGCAGCAGAUUCAGCACCCCAACAUCGUCACACUGCAUGACGUCUACGAGAACCGCACUGACGUGGUGCUCAUCCUGGAGCUGGUCUCUGGAGGUGAGCUGUUUGACUUCCUGGCCCAGAAGGAGUCUCUGAGCGAGGAAGAAGCCACUCAGUUCAUCAAGCAAAUCCUGGAGGGGGUGAACUACCUUCACUCCAGAAAAAUAGCCCACUUUGAUCUCAAGCCUGAGAACAUAAUGUUACUGGACAAGAAUGUGCCGUUGCCAAGAAUCAAACUGAUCGAUUUCGGUCUCGCUCACAAGAUCGAAGCUGGUGUCGAGUUCAAAAACAUCUUCGGAACACCAGAGUUCGUAGCACCGGAGAUCGUCAACUACGAGCCGCUGGGAUUAGAAGCGGACAUGUGGAGCAUCGGGGUCAUCACCUACAUCCUGCUGAGUGGUGCUUCACCUUUCCUGGGGGAAACCAAACAAGACACCCUGAGGAACAUUUUGGCCAUAAAUUAUGAGUUUGAUGAAGAGUUCUUCUGCCAUACGAGUGAGCUGGCCAAGAAAUUCAUCAGCCAGUUGCUGGAGAAGGAUACGAAGAAAAGAUUAACAAUUCAAGAUGCUCUUAAUCACCCAUGGAUUAAGUCCAACGAGCACAAGGAGGAAAAUAAAGCCCAAGAGCCGAAGAAACAGGAGCGGCGCCAGCUGAAGACGAAGCGCCUGAGGGAGUACACUAUCAAAUCCCACUCGAGCAUGCCCCCCAACAACACCUAUGUAAACUUUGAACGCUUCGCCCAGGUGGUGGAGGACAUUGACCAGAUGGAGAGCUCGUUCGCCAGCCUGGCAGCAGCCCAUGACUAUCUGCAGGAAGAUAUCGACGCCAUGGUUUCUAUAUACAAUGAAAAGGAGGCCUGGUAUAAAGAGGAGAGCGAAGAAGUGCGUCAUGACAUCUCACAAAUCCGCUACGAGUUCCGCAAAGUGGAGGCCAUGAAGAGGAGCCUGCAGGACGACAUGCAGGCCUUCAGCUCCAGCCUCAGCGCCAUCGGCAACCGUUACCAGGAGAGACAGAACCACCUGGACGCGCUGCGCCAGGAGCUUAGCAACGAGCUGAAAUGGGUGCAGGAGGUCAUGGGUUCAUCUCCCAUGGUUGGAGGUGGUGGAGGUUACCCCAACUGUAACUUCUCCACUGUCUUCAACAACGACGUGAAUGAAGCCCUGAAAGAGCUGCUGAACCGCUCCUGUGGAGGAGAGCUGCUGUCCGGGAUCAACCUGGACUUCACAGAACCUGGACAGCAAAGAUAAAUGAUCAGCGAUGCACAAACCAUUCAGAAUCACAACGGUGACUUGUACAGGUCCUUUACAAGAGGCUGCAAUACAUAGGACCGUAUCAGGCUCUAAAGGAUGAUUGAUACAUACAAAUAUUUGUUAAAAAUACAGUUGCACAUCAGAGAAGAAUGAUUCUAUUUUUUGCAAAUGAUCUGUCUUUACAUACAGCGCAACUCUCAGCUAAAGAACUGAAGUAUAUUUUUUAGUCAAUAAUGUCCUUUGUGCUGUGUGUUUGAGACAAUGACGACUUUUUCCUGUGCAUUUUGUCUAUAAUAACUGAAUAUAGGUCAGUAUGAACAUUUGUGUUGGUGAUAUAGACGUGUGGAGAUUCGAGUGUGUUAUGCUAGUAGCGGCUAAUGUCUUGCAGGAUCUACAGGACAUGGAUGUGUUAUAAGAGCUGGAUACCGGACUAAACAUGGCGCCCAUUCAGUCCUAUAGGAACUGCU